CCCUCAGCACCGCCUGAUUGUUUCUGAGGCCUCACCGUGCGAACCCAGGUGGAACUCCAGGAGCGAUCCCGUGCGAAGAUCGGAGGCGGCGGGACCAUCUUGUCCAGGCUAUGUCUGGCUGCCGUGCUCCGGAAGGCGACUGUUUCCCGCAGCAAUGCCUCGCUCAGGACAAGGAACAUCCAAGAUACCUGAUCCCAGAGCUUUGCAAACAGUUUUACCAUUUGGGCUGGGUCACUGGAACUGGAGGAGGAAUUAGCUUGAAGCAUGGCAAUGAAAUCUACAUUGCUCCUUCAGGAGUGCAAAAGGAACGAAUUCAGCCUGAAGACAUGUUUGUUUGUGACAUAAAUGAGCAGGACAUAAGUGGACCUCCGUCAUAUAAGAAGCUACAGAAAAGCCAGUGUACUCCUCUUUUCAUGAAUGCUUACACAAUGAGAGGAGCCGGUGCAGUGAUUCACACCCAUUCUAAAGCUGCUGUCAUGGCCACCCUUCUCUAUCCAGGACAGGAGUUUAAAAUUACACAUCAGGAGAUGAUAAAAGGAAUAAGGAAAUGUACCUCAGGAGGGUAUUAUAGAUAUGAUGAUAUGUUAGUAGUGCCCAUUAUCGAGAAUACACCUGAGGAGAAAGACCUCAAAGAACGAAUGGCUCUUGCAAUGAAUGAAUACCCAGACUCCUGUGCAGUCCUAGUCAGGCGUCACGGAGUAUACGUGUGGGGAGAAACGUGGCAGAAGGCUAAAACCAUGUGUGAAUGCUAUGACUAUUUGUUUGAUAUUGCUGUAUCAAUGAAGAAAGCCGGACUGGAUCCUACUCAGCUUCCAGUUGGAGAAAAUGGAAUUGUGUAAACCAAUACAAAGUUUAAUUAAAUACAAAGAUAAGGGGAAAUUUAUUACUGACAUGAAACUUGACUAUUUUUUUAAAAGAAUUGAAAAUUUCCUUGAGGCAUAUUAUGCUAUUAAUUUGUCACUAAGUACCACAGAGAUCACACUUUAUCUUUUCUGAUAUUGAAUGGUAUUUGCUUAUAUUCUUGUAGUUUUAAAUUGCAGUGCAGUGCAGUGGAAUAAAAAUUUUAUAAUCAA